CCCCAAAGCUACCAAAUAAGGGCAGGCAGCUUGCCUUUCCCUGCGGAGCUCCCACUGACUCCUCAACUCCAGGCAGGGUAUAAAUUGACUGCUCAGUCCCCAAAGCAACACCCAGCCAAUUCAACCACAGCAAGCAGCUCUCCUGUGCUGACCAGGACUUAACCUGCCACUAUGUGUGACGACGAUGAGACUACCGCCUUGGUGUGCGACAAUGGCUCCGGGCUGGUGAAGGCUGGGUUCGCUGGGGAUGAUGCCCCACGUGCUGUGUUCCCCUCCAUCGUUGGUCGCCCCCGUCACCAGGGUGUCAUGGUGGGUAUGGGUCAGAAGGACUCCUACGUAGGUGAUGAAGCUCAGAGCAAGAGAGGUAUCCUGACCCUGAAGUACCCCAUUGAGCAUGGUAUCAUCACCAACUGGGAUGAUAUGGAGAAGAUCUGGCACCACACCUUCUACAAUGAGCUGCGCGUGGCCCCUGAAGAGCACCCCACCCUGCUCACUGAGGCCCCACUGAACCCCAAGGCCAACCGUGAAAAGAUGACACAGAUCAUGUUUGAGACCUUCAACGUCCCAGCCAUGUAUGUUGCCAUCCAGGCUGUGCUGUCCCUGUAUGCUUCUGGUCGUACCACAGGUAUCGUUCUUGACUCUGGUGAUGGUGUCACCCACAAUGUCCCCAUCUAUGAAGGUUAUGCUCUGCCCCAUGCCAUCAUGCGUCUGGACCUGGCUGGUAGAGACCUCACCGAUUACCUCAUGAAGAUCCUGACUGAACGUGGCUACUCCUUUGUGACAACAGCUGAACGUGAAAUUGUCCGUGACAUCAAGGAAAAGCUCUGCUAUGUGGCUUUGGACUUUGAGAAUGAAAUGGCCACCGCUGCCUCAUCCUCCUCCCUGGAGAAGAGCUAUGAGCUUCCCGACGGUCAGGUCAUCACCAUUGGAAAUGAACGUUUCCGCUGCCCUGAGACCCUCUUCCAGCCUUCCUUCAUUGGUAUGGAAUCUGCUGGUAUCCAUGAAACUACCUACAACAGCAUCAUGAAGUGCGACAUUGAUAUCCGCAAGGACCUGUACGCCAACAAUGUCCUCUCUGGUGGUACCACCAUGUACCCUGGUAUUGCUGACAGAAUGCAGAAGGAGAUCACUGCUCUGGCCCCCAGCACCAUGAAGAUCAAGAUCAUUGCCCCACCUGAGCGUAAAUACUCAGUCUGGAUCGGUGGCUCCAUCUUGGCCUCUCUGUCCACCUUCCAACAGAUGUGGAUCAGCAAACAGGAAUACGAUGAGGCUGGACCCUCCAUUGUGCACAGGAAGUGCUUCUAAACAAUACUCUCACACUCCUCCAAGCAACAUAUACAGAGUACCUCAAAGUCAAAGAAAACAAGACCUGGACAGUCACUGUACAGUUUGUAUACACGCCAUCAUAUUUAUUACUUUCUAAAUAAAACACAUGUGGUUAAGUUCA